AUGCAGGUGGUGAACGUGAGCCUGUGGGAGGGGGAGCGGUUGACGUUUGAGGACCUGGGGGGCGGAGAGGCCUCUGUUCUGGCCAACGAAUCUAUCCUGUUGAGGGGCUUGGUGGUACGCAGCUGGAGCAACCAGAUCACCAUCCACUUCCACAGCCAGAGACAGACCCAGCCUGGGUCCUUCCUGCUCAGAUACCAAGGUAAGAUCUGAGGGCAACCAAACGCUAAAGCACUAGCACAGCCACCAACCAAAUGCUAAAGCACAACCACCAACCAAACACCACAGCACUAGAACAUCAACCAACCAAACACCACAGCACUAGAACAUCAACCAACCAAACACCACAGCACUAGGACAUCAACCAACCAAACACCACAGCACUAGGACAUCAACCAACCAAACACCACAGCACUAGAACAUCAACCUAAUCAAAUACUGCACAACAACAAACCAAGUUUCAGAAUGUGAGUUGUAACCCAUAUGAAGUGACAAUAUUGACAGGGCCUGAGAGGUUGAUUUCUCCUCUCCUCUCCUCUCCUCUCCUCUCCUCUCCUCUCCUCUCCUCUCCUCUCCUCUCCUCUCCUCUCCUCUCCUCUCCUCUCCUCUCCUCUCCUCUCCUCUCCUCUCCUCUCCUCUCCUCUCCUCUCCUCUCCUCUCCUCUCCUCCAGCAGCCUCCUCCAGUGCACUGGGGCUCACCCUCCCGUUAUCCCUUGUCAACAUAAUGUGCUCAUGUUAGUCACAAAAUAACAAGCACUGUCAAUUGGCAAUAUAAUCAGGUGGGGAAAUUGCUGUGAUUAUGCUCUUCUAAUUGUCAUUUACCAGAGAUGUCAGAAAGAGAUUGGAUGCAGUUAUGAGCCCUGUUGCUUACACAUGGUAGUAAAAUAGAAAAGCAAAUUUACAAAUAUGUUUUUUUCAGAUUCUUUAGUUUUUGUGAGCUAAUUAACUGUGGCAGGUUUGUAAAUGGUGUAGUGCCAUUCCGAACAAUGCCUAGAUUACCGGUUGAAUAAGAAUUACAUUUCCCGCUCACCCAUCCCUCUCUGCACCAUGUUAUGCUCCUCCCCCCCUCUCCUCUCUCUCUCUCUCCAUCUCUGUUUCCCUCUCUCUCUCUCUCCUUUGCGAGGUGUGUGGGUGGUAUUCACCAGCCAGUGAGGGGGACCUUCAUGGCUUUCUGUGGCAUGCUUCUGCUACUCUAUUAAAUAACAUGGCAAUCAUACAGCAGGGCACGGCGCAGCGCCACCGAUAAUAACUUUCUGCUUCUUUACAAAACGUCCAAUUACCUCACACAGUGGUUCCCCGUCAUUCCCCCCCCCCCCCCCCCCCCCCCCCCCCUCCUCCUCUGCUCGACCUGUUUGAUAUUCUCUGAGCAGCGCGUCGUGCUGAUCUGGGCUGGCUAUAUGAGGGUGGCCUAUAACUAUUUUCCCCUGUCUGUGACAUACAGCAUGGUGCAUUCUGUAGCAGACAGAGACAGUGGAAAUAAAAUAACCUAGGGGAGAGUAGUUUGAUGACAUCUGGUAUGUUUAUAGAGGGAAUCUCUCUCUCUUUCCUCUUUCUCUGUCUCUUUAUCUCCCUCUCUCUCUCUUCCUCUCUCGCCCACUCCCUCCCCCCCUUCCUCGCUCUCUCAAUGUUAAUAAUACAAAAACUGGUUCUCGGGGCAUGCUGAAUAAUUAGCAUAUAAUGGGGUCACCUUAAUCACAAGUGCAUUAAAUCUCGAUGAAACACUGCCUGGAAACAAAUUGACUUCCAAUUAGAAUACAUCAAAUUUAAGUUAUGGAUCCAUAAAUUAACUAGUCAGCCAUCUUUCUGCAUGCCUCUGGCAGAACGAGAGUUCUCCUACACCAAGACAGUGCUUGGUUAGUGGAAUUGUUUGCUCAAAAUACAAAUAUUCAUGAUUUUUCCCUUACUUACUUACUUUUUUAAAAUGUUGGUAUAGGCUACCUAUACAAGCUCUGAAGGCAAAACAUUGCUCUUCUAAUUGCUUUGGAAUCAAUUUGAGGACAUCUUCAUGGUUUUAAGAGCAUACUACAAUGUUCCCUGUUGGUUUCCAUACAUUUCUAGUCCAAUGAGGCAAAGAUAAUCUGAUAUCUUCUGCUCUUUUCAUUUGUUCAGAAAGAUCUGUAAUUUGAUAUUUUAACACUAAAACACCGACAUCUAUGUUAAUAACAUUUCAUCUCAAAGGAAGAUAAAAGUCUGAUUGUCUGCCAGGUGACAUAAGAUGGAGAGGGAGAGCGGUAACAUUUUCAAUUAUACACCAUGACAGUUUUACGUGUAUUAAGAUGAUUGCUCUGAUAUUACAAUCUCUUUGCUCUGUGAGAUCACCUUGUCCCGUAAUGAGGUGUGGAUCAGACAAGCAGUGAGUAGGAGACUGAUUUGUUUUAAAGAUGGAAGCCGGGCAAUCGGAAAGUGUCUGUGAUUAAAUCCUGCAUAAUCAUCUCCUUUGGCUGAGGUGACCGGUAAUGAAUUCAACACUGUCUUACUAGAUCAUUCCUGGAGGAAGAUUGAU